AUGUGGCUGCAGCAGCGGCUCAAGGGGCUGCCGGGGCUGCUGUCCAGUAGCUGGGCCCGUCGCGUUCUAGGUCUGCUUGGCUUCGUGCUGCUGCUUUCGUGGUACGUAGGCGGGCGGGCAAGACGGACGGGCUCCGGGACCGGGCCGGGCCUGCACCUGCUGCCCUGGAGCUCGGGCCCCGGCGAGCCCCGUGCCGCGGCGUCGCAAGCCUGCGUGGAGGCGGCCACCCGCACGUGGCGGGCGCUGCAGGAGCGCGGUGAGGCGGUGCCGCUAAGCCCCCGGUCCCCCGACAGCGCCGCGGCCUCGGACCCCUUCUCGGCCGCGCCUCCCGCCCUGGUGGGUAACGGCUUUCUGGCUCUGGACGUGAGCCGCAACCGACUGUGGGUGACGCCCGGCGAGCGGCAACCUCCCGUGGCUCCGGAGCUGGCACCCUUCGUGCAGCUGCGGCCGCUGAGCGCUCAGGCUGAGGCGGGCGCCGCGGCGCUGCUGCUGCGCCAGGGUCUAGUGCGCCGCGUGCGCUGCCUGCAGCCGCCGGAGCCGCCCCCCGGGGCCGGGCCCGGAGCGGCGCCGGGGGCCGGGGGGCCGGCGCCGGGGACCGGACCUGGGGCCCAGUGCGUGCUGCUGCAGGAGGACUUUUUGGCGCACCGCGCGCGCCCCCAUCUCUACGUGCAGCGCAUCCACAUCCACAACCCCACGGAGCGUGUGGCAGCACUCUGGACGGUGGGCCCCACUCCAAGGCCUCCCCUCAAGACUUUUACCAGCACCCUGGAGAAGGCCGGCGACCACCAGUUCCUGCUCCAUUCGGGCCACUCGCCUCCGUUGCCCAACGGCAAGGUCAGUCUGGUGGUGGUGGCUGCCAAGAAGCUGGUGGACUUGCUCCAGGUGGCCCCCAAGUCCCUGCUGGAUGAGGCCGUUCUUUGGGUGGUCUACAUCUCAGAGCCCUUGGACCUGCGGGCCCUGAAGGCCAAGGGGGCUAAGGAGAUGAAAGAGCUGAAGACUCUUCAGGACAUGGCUCGCAAGGAGAUAUUGGAAUUAAUGGAGAUCCCCGUGGUUGAUCUCCUCCAGGACCACCAGCAACUCUGGGCUCAGCUCUUUGCCUCAGGUAAUUAUAUGGGGUCACCUUGA